ACAGAGAUUCAAGCAACUAUGGCGGAGCCCUCCCUAAGUGGCCCAGGCGCAGGAGUUACAGGGGUCCAGGAUGAGGAUGGGGACUUUGAUCCUUCAGCAGAUAUGCUCGUACAUGACUUUGAUGAUGAGCAGACUCUGGAGGAAGAGGAGAAACUUGAGGGAGAGACCGACGUCAGUGCUGAAAUUGAUGACCUCGCACGGGAGGGUGAGAUGCCCAUCCAUGAGCUUCUGAAGUUGUAUGGAUACAGCACUGGUGGCUCUCCUGAUGAAGAGCAUGGAGAUGUUGAAGAGGAAGAUUCCUCAGAGAAUACCUGCAGCAGUCAUAGUAAACUCAAAGAGCAGGGGAGGCGGGAACUUUCAGACCAUGAUGAGAAAAUGCAGUCAUCUGGUGAUGAGACUCCAUCCUGCAGCAGAUCUCACAGCACAGCUCAACUCAUCUGCUCUCAACCAUGCAACUACUUGGAAGGUAAUGAAGAAUCUGAAGAUGAAGAGUAUAUUCCAUCUGAACACUGGAAGAAGGAGAUCAUGGUUGGUUCAAUGUAUCAAGCAGAGACUCCUGUUGGACUGUGCACAUAUAAGGACAAUGAAAAAGCGUAUGAGAAUGAUGAUCAGCUUUUGUGGAAUCCGGAGUUACUUCCAGAGGAAAGGGUGGUGGAGUUUUUAGCCGAGGCCUCUAAACGCACUGGAGAAGAGACUGGUGUCCAUGCCAUUCCUGAAGGAUCUCACGUCAAAGACAAUGAACAGGCUCUUUUUGAAUUGGUGAAGUGCAAUUUCAAUGCACAAGAAGCUUUAAGAAGAUUGAAAUUUAACGUGAAGGCAGCCAAAGAGGAGAUGUCAGCGUGGACGGAAGAAGAGUGUAGAGGUUUUGAACAAGGACUCAAAGCUUAUGGGAAAGAUUUCAGCUCCAUUCAAGCAAAUAAGGUGAGAACUAGAUCUGUAGGGGAAUGUGUGGCCUUUUAUUACAUGUGGAAGAAAUCUGAGCGUUAUGAUUUCUUUGCACAGCAAACCAAGAUUGGGAAAAGAAAACACAGCCUUUGUCCUGGAGUAUCGGAUUAUAUGGAGCGUCUUCUGGAUGAGAAGGAGAGCUCUGAGUCCAGUGGAUCUGCCUCUCCUCUGCCCUCGACCUCUACCAACAGUAAACACCCAUCAGAGGCCGAAAGUGUCACAAACACUCAGAAUGGUGUAGGGAGUCAUUCAACACAAAAGCCCCUUCUCUGUGAAGAUGAGAUAUCACAGACGAAUGGCUCUACCAUGUGUCCAGAUAUUUCCAGCUCAAACACACCCUCCAAUCCUAACCCUGAUGCCAUCAGCCCUAGCAUAGAAGUCAUAGACUUUACAGUCAAACAGAGAGAGGAGGAUAAACACUCUGAAAAACCGCUGAAGAGGCUUAGAACUGACACAGAUGCCAACAGGGAAGGAUCUCUCCCACACAGUGAAAUAGCAACAGUCUGACUCACUAGAAAAAGCCCAGAGAAAAGACUGGAAAAGCAAAGUGCAACCAUGUAACCCCUGACCUCGCAUGAGCGUUUAAAACAGAUCAACAUGUACUCUGUUUCAGUGUGAAGAUAGCUGAGAGGUGUGUCUCAAUUUCAGGGAUGCAAAUGAAGCACAUGUGCAAAAAGCAUUUGGACUCAUAAUCCACACUUAAAAAUGUAUGAAUGUCUUUGCAUUUUACAAAUAAAUAUCAAACCUAGUAGCAUUUAACUUAAAAUGGAAAGUUCUUUGGAAAGUUCUGGGAAAAGGUCAAGCGUUUGUUUGCAGUUGCCACUUGUUUUGAUAUUUGAAUUUAAUGCAGUGAUAUUCAGACAUUUGUGAGUGACUUAAAGCAUAGUUCACCCAAAACUGAAAAUGCUGUCAUCGUUUACUCAUGUUGUUUCAAACCCAUAUGACUACUUCCAUGGAACACAAAUGGAGAUCAGUAAAAUGUUUAUCAGAAUGUUAGUCUGUCACCAUUAACUUUUAUUGCAUCUUUUUGUCCAUGCAGUGAACGUGAAAAGGGACUGAGGCUGUCUAACAUCUCCUUUUGUGUUUCAUGGAAGAAAGAGUUUUGGGGCUACUGUAUGUCCUCUCACAUAACUGCCACAUUUAGUUGAUAUUAUGGAAGGCUCAACCGCUGUAUUCUCUGUAGCAUUAUUUAUGAAUAUAGGUGAACGUGAUCAAUGUUAUUGUGCUUAUUUUAGGUAGGUUGAAAGCCAGUAUGAAAGCAACAUCUGGUAUCUGACAACUGACUGAAUGUUAUUGUGAAACUUUUAUCAUAAGGUGUGCAAAACUUUGUUCUUGCUGACAACAUUUUGGCGAUAACUAUUGGAAAAAGGUUAUGUGACCAAGGGUGUAGAUUUGACUUGAACAUUGGGGGGGAUGCAUUGAUCAUGGUAUAAAUAAUAGGGUGUAGACCCCCCAAUCUACACCCCUGUAAGUGAUACUUUGUAACAUUCCAUCCUUUUCAUUUCUGAAUUUCCACUUUGACCAAAGUGAUAUUUUAACACUGGCUGAAAAGAUUUUUUCAGAAGAUAUUUCCUCUUUAUAUGAAAUACUGUCUUAUUUUUGUAAUUGAUAGCUAUUUAUUUUUUUUAAUCAGAUAUUGGUGAUGCAUGAGGCCAGUAUACAGAGUAUAAUUGUAUAGACUGGAGUGAGUAGUGUUGAAUUAAAAAGGCAGCCGACUGAAUGGUGCUAUUUAUUGUUUUCCUCCGUUUUACUUACUGUGAGAAUGUCCACCCAUCCUUAAGGAUAUUUUUGAAGUUUUUUUGUACGACCUCAGUUCUGUUAGAAAUGCCAGCGGAAACUAAACUACAUUCUCCAUAAUUCAAAUUGGCGGUUCACGUUUGUAAUCCAUGUCUGCCUUGGCUCUGGAAAGUAUAGAAACAACUCUUUACAGGUAGUCGUGUAUGUAAAGAAAAAAAGAAAUCGGUUUAAAUUAGUGAACUACUCGUGUAUUAAAACCAGUCGAUUUA